UUAAGGGCGUAGCUAAGCAACAACGGGCGGGUUAUUGCUAACUAAAGCUAGCGAACAGUGUCCCUUGUAGUGUGAGUUAGCUACACGGAGCGUCUUUCCUCUUUAUUGCCAACAUUACAUUAAGUUGUCGUUAAGUGCCGUGACCAACCUUAAAUUCACACGUUAUUUCCACACUUAAACCGGUCAAAUAACGGGGUCCGGCGCCAGGCAGCAGCUCACCUGUGGACAUCCAGUGAACACACACACACACACGAUGUCAGUCAACGGGAAAGUCCUCCCACACACUCCACUGGCAGUGGACUUCUGGCAGGUGAGGAAAUGUCUUGGCACCCGGCUGUUCUUCCUGUCCCACAUGCACAGCGACCACACGGUGGGUCUGACCUCCACCUGGAGCAACAGACCCAUAUACUGCUCACCGACCACCGCCACUCUGCUCAGACUCAAGCUGCAGGUGAAAGAACAGUGGGUCCAUCCUUUGGAGGUGGGCGAGCCAUACCUGCUCCCACUGGAUGACAUCGGCAAGGAGAGUCUGACAGUCACGCUGAUAGAUGCCAACCACUGUCCGGGUUCUGUCAUGUUUCUCUUUGAAGGCUACUUUGGCUCGAUACUGUACACUGGUGACUUCAGAUAUUCUCCCUCAAUGCUGCGUGAGCCGUGCCUAAGGACAAACACCACUAUAGAUGUCCUGUACCUGGACAACACCAAUUGUGACCCCAACCGCAGCCUGCCAUCCAGACAGCGAGCCACUCAACAAAUCAAAGAGAUCAUCCGCAGCCACCCCAACCACAAUGUUGUCAUAGGUGUGUAUGCACUGGGUAAGGAGUCCCUGCUGUUGGAGCUGGCAAUGGAGUUUAAAACCUGGAUUGAGGUGAGCUUUGAGAGGAUGGAGACCCUCAAAGCCCUUGAGCUUCCUGACGUCUUCACAACUGACCUGGGAGCCGGCCGUAUCCGAGCCGUGGACCAGUCAGAGAUUUGCACUGCUGCUUUACAUCAGUGGAACAAAGACCAACCCACUUUGGCCAUCUUGCCCACCAGCAGGCCGCUGGUCUCCUACCACCCCAAUGUACAUGUGGUGCCCUACUCAGACCACUCCUCUUACCAAGAGCUGGAGGAUUUUGUCUCUGCACUCAAACCUACCACCCUGCUACCCAUUGUAGGAAACUGUGUUCCCGAAAGCCUCUCCGCCUUACUACCCAGCAAAAAACACCAUGAAAUACUGGUGCCCGAGUCAGUCCGACACUACAUGUUGAGGCAGCCCGAGAGCCACCGCAGCUCUUCAGCAUUCACAAGCCUUCGCCGAAGACAUUUCCAACCCCUUGCUCCCAAAGGGGUGGUGUUUGAGUCUCCUGUAAGGGCAUCCAGGAUGUCAUGUGAAGAAACCUGGGAGGCAGAGUGCCUGGAGCAGGAUGACACUGAGGAAGAGAUGGAUACAGAAAGCUGUGGAAAAAAACCUGACUGCAUCCUUAUUGACCUGAGCAAGGAACUUGCCCCAAACAAAAACAGAAAAGGGGCAGGAGACCUAUGGAGCCUCAACAUUGUCCAGACAGUCUCUGAAGAAAUGUUGAUGGCAGAGACGGUGCCACUCAGUCAACUCACACAGAGCAACUUUGCUCCGAUGGAGAUCGUGACAAACACCAGGGCCUACUUGAAGCCUGUCAAGACCACAAGAGCAUCUUUUGGAACUGAAGCCAAAACUGUCCGUGAGACAGCAUCAAGUGAAAAUUACAGUCGGCAAUGCAGACGUGGAAAUGUUAAGAACAACCACAUUUUAUCAGAUGGUGAUGGAAUUGAUCAGGACGACAACACAAUGUUAAAUGACAAUAACACGAGUCAGCAUAGCGGACAUGGAACUGAUCAUAACAACAGUGUGAUGUUAUCACAGAACAGCCCUGAUAACUGUUCCUGUGCUUCAUCCACCUACGUUUUAGAAGAGCAGCAUGAAUAUGUAGGGGAGGCUGAGAACAAUAUUUUAAAGUUUCUCCCUUUCACAGAGGAGGACCUGAAAACAUGGGGCCUCCUGGAGAAGAGCUUUCUGCAACAGUUCCCCCUCUCUCCUUUAAACAACACAGAAAAAGAGGAUAGACAGAUAAUGUGACCUGAUGUCCAAGUUUUUGCUAUUCUUUAGAAGCCUUUUGGUGUUUUGUUUUGUUUUAUGUUGUUUUGUUUUGUCUGUGUUAACAUACGCACUUUAAAGCCAUCACACUGUUUUUUGCUUUCUCCUCGGUACUGUUCUACUUUAUUUAAUUUUCCUUUGCUUCCAUUUUGUGUAGGUGGCAGUAAUCUGGA